UUCGGCAUUGAACAGACCCAAAGCCUUCAACUUCCGGUCAGUAUUUACACCAGCAGACACGCUGGCUGAGAGAGAGCGUUCAGGCUCGCUUUGGUAGUCGAGAAGCUUACCCUUCUCCCCUGCCGGGGCCCUAUCUGUCAGCCACGGAAAACACGGCGCGGCAACAUGAAUUGGGCCCUUGGCAGGUGAAGUUUCCUGGAUCAAGAAGAGCACUGAAAAGAAGUGUAGAAGUGGAGAGGAAGAGAGCCUGGAGCUGUGUUCGACGGCAGGGAAUGGUGAGCAGUGGCAGCGACAGUGACAGUGACAGCGGAAGCGGGUCGAGUGGCUCAGACGAGCCGACUUUCCACAAAAAGGUUGCGUUCAGGAAAACGACGCCGCAGCAGCAACAGAAAGAUAAGGCAGAUGCGCCGGCUGGUGUUGCUCCGACGCUGGAAGACGUUGCCGUGUCAAGCAUCAACCGGAACUUGAAGCGGCUUGAGCGGGAGCAGCUUCACCGGGCCUUCCAGGACAGCCUUGUGCUGGACGAGCGGGUGCUGUGCGAGGCGGUGGACGACGCGGACGUGCCAGACGACGCAGUGGAGCUGCUGGCGUGGAAGCGGAGAGAGCUCGACAGAUUGCACCGGGACCGAAACAGACGCAUUGCCCGGGAGGAGGGCGGCUUGUAAGAGCAGUAAGCGGCUGUCUUGUAUGUUAGAUUUAUGUUUUAUGUUUUAUGUUUUAUGUUUUAUAUUUUA